AUGUAUACCGGCAAAGUCACCGAGUCUGCCCGUGAUUCAGCAUUCAAGCUCAAGCGAAAAUGCUGUGUGCCCUCCAUAAUGUAUGUUUACUUUCACCGCCACCUAGCAGAGCAGCUGCGUGUCGCGUACAACAUUUAUCUUGAACUCAAUCGCCGCAUAAAUUCCCACCUGGACAAGUUCCUGGGUCGUGAUAUGGACAAUUGGCGCAUUCUUAACUCAUGCCCAGCAUGUCAAUACAGCCUUGUAGAUGAACCGCCUCUGGACUUUUCUUUUCUCUGUGCAUUUGAUGGGAAUAAUUCCGCUAAACUUGUUGAUCCUGCAAUACGCAGGGGUGAGGAACGUCUGGACCCUCGCUCAGGAAUGUCGUCGAUCUGGCUGACCAAGUCCUAUGUUGACCAAUUCAAAGAUGAAGUUCGAUCAGCUCGUGCUUGUCAAGGACAACAACACCCUGGUUCCAGUGACCCUGAUGAUCCAUGGGUUGAGGAGCCUGACUCAAAUGACUCUGCAGAGCCACCCAGUGUCUGUGUGGACCGUUGGCGUAAUGCGGCACCCGAGUCAUGGAAAAAAAUGUUUGCUAUAUUCAAGAAGUCUGGCAUUUUCGUCACUGUCUGCCGGCACGGGUUUUUGCUUACCAUAUGUGACAUGGUCCGAAGUGGUGAACUGAUGAAAUACCCGAUUGCUAGCAUGAAGAAGCUGAUGGAUGUUUUCGGCAGCAACAUUCUCUAUGGUUACGAUAUCAAAUGUGCAUUCGAGAAGAUUCUCCUUCGCAGCUCGCUUGCAAAUGAUGUAAAGAGACUCAACCUGCAGGGUGUUGUGCCAGCUUUUCAUGGCCACGCACACAAUCGUCUUUGCCAACUCAACCAUUAUUCAAAGCACAGAGUCGGUGCUGGGAAAGAAGACUUUGAGACAUGCGAACAUGUUUUCUCUGAGUCCAAUGCACUUGCUUGUGGGAUACGAAACACCACUGACUUCCACCGUCACCAAGCCUUGGAUGAACAUUUCUCUUUCGCUGAUAUAGACAGGUAUGCUGCACUAUCUGAUCUUGAAGACGAGCAACUUUUUCUGCAACAGCUCGCACGCAGGAAGGAUGAAUCUACCAUCGAAGUUGAUUACGUCAAGGCAUUGAAUGAACAUGACGAGGCACAGCUUGCAUAUGAAUCAGCACGAGUGGAGUUUGCGAAGCUCAAUUUACGGCUGAAUUAUUCUACUCGAGAUGCUGGGAAUAUUUGGUGCCAUCAUACCCAUGCUACAAUCAAACACGAUCAGAAGCUGGAGGUCGUGGCCGAUUAUGAACGCCAAAUGGCACUAGACUCGCGAUGGGAUGUGAACCAUCCUGAAUGCAUUAAGGCACAGUCACACAUUACUCAUCGUCUUUUCCACAAGGCGGUGGAUGAUGUCGAACGUCUUGUUGUCAUGCGCCUGCUGGAGUUGACGAAGUUACAAAUGGGUAGUCUAGCUCAGCUUAACCCUCCCCGCCCUGCAUUGCAAUGGGAACAAAUAGUGGAGUACUCAUUUCUUGCUGAGUUCGACUUACUUCAUGAAACCAAUGGUGAGAUGCAGUCCAAGCACUGGGCGAACCCAUCUUACCGUCACGCCUCCACUCAAUUUUUUGAGCAGCAGCGUGCUCAUGAAGAAAUUCGCAGGCUCAAUGUGGAAGUUGGACAACUGCUCACGAAAAUUCGAGAUGAUGGUAUCGAUUACCCACAAGCAAUCACACAACUGUGGUCCGAUAACCCACCCCUUGCAGCCGAACUGCAGUGGCACUGGAUGCAUCUGCGGUCAGUAAAUGCAUGUUACCUGUGGCGCAUCCAGCAGAUCCUGGAGUUGCCAGGGUAUAAUGGGCCAAUGGGUCCCGGUACUCGAAAAGGUCAAACUGAGGUAAUGUUGCCAUCUCCUCCACAUGGACUCACACAAGAUCAAGAUGAUGAGGGUGACAAAGAUGAGGAUAUGUUCAGGCAGUUGGAAGAUGUGCAUACUUACAUCGAGGGACUUGAUCACCACUGCAUAGACUUAGAAUUGGUAGUGUAG